AACAAAGUGAUGCUAACGGACACCUGCUGACUGUUUAUAGUUAGUUAGUUAGUCUGUUAGUGAGUCAGUCAGUGCUGGUUAACCCGGUUAUUCUGCCUGAGACAGCAGAGUCCGGAUUAAUAUGGAUUUAAUCUGAUUGAUCAGUUAAUCCAUCAGCUUCAUGAGAACAAACCUCAGCUACUAGUACACAAAACUACACAGUAACGGAGUACAUCUACUCUAAUACAGCUCUGAGUGUCAGAGUGAAUACCAGAGGAGUUAUGGGGCUCAUCGGUCCAGAAGUGUUUCUCCUCAGCGCUGCACGCCGUUAGCAGGACUUCGAUCCGAUCAGAUGGUUCUCACCAGAGAACCUCGUCUGCAGCGCCGCAGGAAGCUCGGUCCGGUCGGUCCGGCUCGGUCCUGCAGCUCUUUGCUUUGUCCAGCCGACGUCCAGAACUCUGAGGCUGAACCGGCUGCUCGCUCUCACACCGCUUCCAGAAGCCACUCGGCCGACGCCAAGGAACCCAAACCUCCGACGCCUCCUGAAACUCCGGCCGGACCUCGACCCGCUGCAGACCCGAGACCUCCAGAACCUCCAGAACCUCCAGAACCUCCAGAACCAGCAGCAGAACCAGCAUCUGAGGGGAAAGCUGCUAAGCCCCGCCCCUCGCAGCCCAACAGCCAAUCACAGCCCAGCCGACCUCCGACAGCAGCACCUGACGGACGGCAGCAGGAGGAUCGAGUGAUGCGAUGGAGGGCGGGGCUUCGACCUGGAGGUCAAAGGUCAGAGUAUCACCGACAGUUCAGCUGGAAGAAAAACGUCGCUUCACCUUUACUGAGCGCAGAACAGGUUCUGAACUCCGUCCCUCCCUUUAAGAAAAACCUGGUUCCCAUGGAGACGGAGUACAGGCGGAGCUUCCUGGGUCAGGCCCCGCCCACAGGGCCACGCCUCCGGAAACACUUGGAGCUCCAGAGAGUCCCGCUGUUCCACACUCACACGACCAACUGGAGGAGGGAGGAACCACAGAAGAAGCUCCGCCCCGAACAGGAAGCUGCUCAGAGAGACGACGCUGCAUCACCGCUAAAGGCCACGCCCCCUCCUCAGGUGCAGAGAGGACACAGGAACCCAGAAGGAGGCGGAGCCACGGAGGGCGACACCCACCAGGUGAAGGAGUUGAGGCAGCAGGCCUUGUCAUACCGCCAACGUGCCUGGGGAACCAACUUCUCCAGAGGCCACCUGAGCCAGCUGCUCUCUGAACACAACUUCCUGUGGGAGCCGUCGGACACCACCGAUACACCGGCCGACACCGCCACCCCCCGACCGACCGCCGACCUCCGUCCUGAGGUGGACAGUCGCGGGUCUUCACAUGUGGAGGUCCUGGACCUAGCCAGUAACUCCAGUAAGACGCCGUCGGUUGUGGGUUCAGGAGAAAAAUGUUACAUUAGCAAGAAGACACAAACGAAUCAACAAACACCUCCAGGUCCUCCAGCUGAACGACGUACAGCCUGGGGAGAAGAAGAAGAAGAAGAAGAAGAAAAUACUGAUGAAGAGGAGGGUCGGCUGCCGACUCCCAGGCUGAGAACGAGGCCUGUUCAGAGGACUCACCAUGACCUCACCACACCCGCCGCCGGUGGCGCCAUAAUAGUUGGAAAACUGAAGGGUGCUGAUGAUUUGUCUCCAUCCAAACAGAGAUCUGGAUCCUCCGUUUCCAUGGCAGCGAGGGCGGAGACUGUCACCGACCUGCCAGUCAAACCGAAAGAGGCGUGGUCAGAUAAUAACCCUGCCUCCAUAUACUCCUCCCCUAAGCACAAACCAGCUUCCAAUCCUCUGUCUAAACCAAUCAGGACGAAGCAAACGCCUCCGUCCCCUGUGGCUCCGCCCCCUCUGGUGCCGCCGCCUCAGCACUGCAUCCAGGGAACUCUGAGACACCCAGACUUCCAGCACAAUGGUGAGCUCGGCCUGAGGUUCAGGGAGCUGCCGUGUCCAGGUGGAGGCUGUGGAUCAGAUGAAGACGACCGGCUCUCGGUGAUGUCGUGGCGUUCGGCCGCCUCCUGCUCCAUGGCGUCCGCCGUCCUGGAGCGCGCUCAGAAGAGACGGGAGAACUUCUGGGGAAAGAGAUGACGUCGCCGUGGAAACUAGCGUGUGCUGUUUGUAGAGCUGAGUGGUUCAUGUGUCCGAUGGAUGUGUUUUUACACUGAGACCAGUUUUUAUAGAAGAAUCCAGGAUGUAAAUAUCGACUCACACUUUAUGUUGCUUUUUAUGUGAAUGUGAACCAGUUUAAAUGGAGGUAAUUCUACAUAAAAUCAACCAAAUCUGAGGAGGUCAGGUUGGAAGAACUGGUUUAUUUUUUAUGGGAUGGUUUUUUCACUGCUUGCCCCGAAACGUGGAAGUUGUUGGUUGUAAACAAACACAACUUCCACUCAUGUUGAGCUUUAAAGUCAGCUGCAGUUUGUUCCCUCCUGAGACUGUUGUUUGACCGGAAUACUUCCUGAAACAUUCUUUACAGCGUCUGGAACUCCAGCAGUAAAGCUUUUCUAUGUUCACGUCAAAUGUCAGAUUUUAGUUUCAGCUCAAUAAAGUAAACUCAUGGGCUGCGUUUCCACUGAUAUUCCCAGGAACUUCUACUUGUACCCACCCAUGAAAAUUUCCACGGAACUACAGAUUCCUUUACUACCAUCUAAGUUUGUCUAGAGAUUAUUCAGCAGACAGACGUUUCAUGAAACAGCAAAAAUGACCCUGAAGGAGAAGAAAUUAAACAUGUAGAAUGAAGUGAUUUUGAUGAAACAGCACAAAUUAAAUUUAAAUUUUACUACGUUUUCCAACAGAACAGCAUGUUGCGAAGGAGUAGUUCAAGAAUUGUCAGAGUUGAAGUAGAGUUGAUUUGUCGACCCGUCCAUCCACCCCAACCUCCUCCUGUCAUAUUUACUUCCACCACUAGAGGGCGCUUCACAAGAACACAUAGCUAUGGAUCAUUAAAAAAAACAACAACUGCACAACCUAACAUUAAGGGCAUUUUUUAUGGGAAGAAAUUCAGAAACUAGCAAUUAUUUUAUAUUAUUGAUCAAUCUGUCAGGUAUUUUAUUAGUUAUUUGUCAAUAAAUGUUCAUAUUUAGAGCUAAAAGGUGCUUUGCUAAGGUUAGAGGACCUUUGUUGUCAUGGUUACAGUAAUAAACAUGCGGUUUUAAAGUUUUAAAGUAAUGCUGACUGUCACUUUAAAACAGAAACCAUAGUAAAGUCCUGCUGAAUUGUUGACCUGUCCAUCCACCCCAACCUCCUUUAACAGUUAUUUUUGUAUUAUUGAUCAAACUGUUGGGCAUUUUUCUGUUAUUUAUUAAUGAUUUGUCAAUACUGUGUUGGAUUAAAGUCUUGUUUGCAACAAAAGAACCCAAAGAAAAGCAGCGUAUCAUCUCCAUUUCACUUGUUAUACUUAAUAAAUAUGCACUUUUUUAUUAA